CUACAAACCCACCAACUUCUCUCUCUCUCUCUCUUACUUAAUUGUUUGUUUUUGCCGUGCGAAACCACCCAAUACCCGUUUGAACUUAUCUAUUACUAGUAGAAAGAGAGAAAUAAAAAAUAUUAGAAAAUAAAAAGAUUUAAAGCCUAAGAAAAUCUAUCUUCCCAGAACAAACCAAGGGUGUCUCUGAAAUUGUCAUGUCCACGUUAAGGUCUUGAUUGGCUUUCUGGGUUUGGAGAAGAAUCUCUGCUUCACUCUCUUCACUGCUGUGUAAUAUUCAUACAUAGCCUUUCUCUCUGUAGAAUUUAAUUAGUGUUUUGAUCAUUCAAGUUUAGUACUUUGAUUCUCUUCUUCUUGUACUUCUUCCUCUUCCAUGUAAAUUUUGCAGUAGUGGUGUGUUGUUGCUACUCCUUGUGUUGUAUGAUUGUCAUUGUUGUAUAGAAUUUUUUAGUUGGUGUGAUAAUGACCCAAUUGGGAAUAAAAAAAUUAAAUAAACCUCUCAUGAACAGUGCGAGUCGCUUUCUUUCUAGGUAAGAGAGGGCUUUUUUGCCUUUUUUUUUUUUUUUAUAUGGUUUAAGAUAUCCAACUUGUUGAUCCUCUUGUGUGUGUAUGUUGUUGAUAACCUAGAACCAGAUGUUUUAUGUUGCAUCCCUUCGUAGGAUUUGAGAUACCCUUAUCCCUUUGCUUCCUUAAUUGGAAACACACACACAAUAGCAGAUCUUUCCCCCUUUUUCACUUCCGAAACUUCACAUACCUAAAAAAAUUUAAAAAAUCAUACCCUAUCUUUCUCUCACCCUGUACCUCUAUCUGUACGUCUUUAUCUACUUUCUCUCUCCUCUCUCUCACUCCAAACACCCCAUACCUAUACCAUACCUGAAGCCAACAGAAUUCUCAAAAGGUUUUUCAAAGUUUCAACCUUGAGGGUGGUUUUGAUUCCUUUUUUUUUCCUCUACUCUUUGAAAGAUCUUGAGUUUUGUUGAGAUGGAGUGUGAAGUUGAAUUACAAGGGGGAGAUCUGCAUGCAGGGGAGGUAACUGACCCAAACCCUAUUGGUUUUGGCAACAUGGAAGAUGAACACACUUUGGCGGUUGCUGAGAGAGAGAUGUGGCUGAACAGUGACCAAGACGAGUUCCUAGGUGUCAAUGAUGCUUCCAUGUUCUACGCUGAUUUCCCUCCUCUCCCUGAUUUCCCUUGCAUGUCAUCAUCAUCAUCUUCAUCUUCAGCAACACCACUUCCCGUGAAGACCAUGACAUGUUCCACCACCACCACCACUUCCUCUUCUUCCUCUUCCUCUUCUUGGGCCAUGUUGAAGUCAGAUGCUGAGGAAGAUGCAGAGAAAAACCAUUGCAACCGAUACAUGCAUGACCAACUUGAUGCAACUUUGUCUUCCACCGCUUCCAUGGAGAUUUCUCAACAGCAAAACCCUGAUCCUGGCCUUGGUGGCACUGUUGGAGAGUGCAUGGAUGAUGUUAUGGACACUUUUGGUUACAUGGAGCUUUUGGAGGCCAAUGAUUUCUUUGACCCUGCCUCUAUCUUUCAGAACGAGGGUAACGAAAACCCUUUAGAGGAGUUUGGCACACUGGAGGAGCAUGUGCCGUUUCAUGAAGAGCAACAUGCAAUGGUGCAUCAUCAGCAAGGGCAAGCAGAAGAGGAAGAUCAUCAGGUUCCUUUUUGUGAAGAGAUCCAAGGAGAUGAAGAAGGUGGUGAUGGUGUUGGAGUAGAUGAUGAGAUGAGUAAUGUGUUCUUGGAGUGGCUUAAGUCUAACAAGGAUAGUGUCUCAGCUAAUGACUUGAGGAAUGUGAAGCUCAAGAAGGCGACACUCGAAAGCGCGGCGAGGCGGCUAGGGGGAGGAAAAGAAGCCAUGAAGCAGUUGCUGAAGCUGAUUCUUGAGUGGGUUCAAACCAGCCAUCUUCAGAAUAAGCGCCGAAAGGAGAAUAAUGGUAGUAGUAUUAGCAGUGUACUUCAGGCACAGUUUCAGGAUCCUAGUGGCCAGAACAACAACCAGAAUACACAAAGUGGUUCAUUUGCACCUGAAUCAAACACUUGUUUCAACAACCAAACACCAUGGUUGAGUUCUCAAACUUUUGCAACAGAUCAGGCUCCUCUCAUGGUGCCUCCACAGCAAUUUCCACAACCCAUGGUUGGGUAUGUGGGUGACCCUUACACUAGUGGUGCUGCUUCAAAUAACAUAUCAGCCACUCAUAACCAUAACAACAGCAACCCUUAUCAACCUGGUGCAGAACAAUACCACAUGUUGGAGUCAGCACAUUCAUGGCCACAUUCUCUGUUCAAUGUUGCUUCUAACUAUAGUCAGUCUUUUGGGGACAAUAAUGGUCUUAACCCACAUGGGGGUUUCGGUGGUGGAGGCUAUGGCAAUAACCAGUACCCUUAUCAGUUUUUUCAUGGCCCUGGUGAUAGGUUGAUGAGGUUGGGGCCCUCCGCGACGAAGGAAGCGAGGAAGAAGAGAAUGGCAAGGCAAAGAAGGUUUCUGUCUCAUCACAGGCAUCAUAGUGGUAAUCACCAGAAUCAAGGGUCUGACCCUCAUGCAAGAAUGGGGGGUGAUAAUUGCAACACUGCUUUGGCUGCACCUCAUCACGCAAAUCCUUCAGCCAAUUGGAUGUACUGGCAGGCUAUGAUUGGCGGCGCGGCAGGUCCUUUGGCUCCGGUGAUUCCGGCCGAGCCGCCGGUGGUACAACCGGUCGUGGACCGGUCGGCCAUGCAGACACAGAAUUGUCAUCAGAAUCGAGUUGCAUCAGAUAGGAGACAGGGUUGGAAGCCUGAGAAGAACUUGAGGUUCCUUCUGCAGAAGGUGUUGAAACAAAGCGAUGUUGGAAGUUUGGGGAGAAUAGUUUUGCCAAAAAAAGAGGCAGAAACCCAUUUGCCAGAGCUGGAGGCAAGAGAUGGAAUUUCCAUAACAAUGGAAGACAUUGGAACUUCACGUGUUUGGAACAUGCGCUAUAGCAUCAGAUACUGGCCGAACAACAAAAGCAGAAUGUAUUUGCUCGAGAACACUGGUGACUUUGUGAGAGCCAAUGGACUCCAAGAGGGAGAUUUCAUAGUGAUAUACUCAGAUGUGAAGUGUGGCAAAUAUAUGAUAAGAGGAGUGAAAGUGAGGCAACAAGGUGUGAAACCAGAGACCAAGAAAGCAGGAAAAUCGCAGAAAAACCAGCAUGGGACAGGGACUAAUGCAUCAAGUACAGCUGGUACUGCUGCUAAUAAUGGCACGUCAUCGUCACCGAAAACCAAAUCUGAAAAAAGUAGUAAAUUAAUAUAAUAUAUAGUAUAUGUAUGUACAAUAUAUAUUAUGGCAUAUAUAAUAAAAUAAGAGACUCUCAAGUCUGAACACGGUGCUCACAUAUAAUGUUGUGAAGUUUGAGCAUGCCCUGCAAUGGAGGCUGUCAAGGAUUUGUAUAACAGUAUUUUGGGUAAUAUUUCUUUUAGUAGUUUAUUUUGCGAUUGUUAUUAUGUGAAAA